CAAAUCACACCUUGAUAAAGCUGAACACCAAUCACUUGAUUGCGUUUCGGCAAAAUGGCGUUUGGUUCUGUCCUCAACUCAGCCCUCGUUUUAGUGCUGGCAGUGGCUGUCCUGGCCCAAAUCGCUCUUGCUCAAGAUGUCGAAGGUCUGCCAAGUGCCACACCCAGCCAAUCGCCUGCUUCCGCAAUAACGGUGAGCGCCUUGCCGAGUACGGCGCCAACCAUAGAACGCAGUGCAGCUCCUACUUCAAUGCCUUCCUCUAGUCCUUUCGGCUCGCCGGCUGUCUGUAGCCGCGCAGGUGAGACUUGCAGUGGCGCGGGCGCCCUCCCCUGCUGCUUUCCCGCGUUGUGCGACCGCGCGAGCAGUGUUUGCGUGAAGACAACGGCCGCGGAUUCGGCGGCCUUUAAAGAUGGACUACGUAGGGACCUUCUGUGUGGACGCUCCGUUUCCCCUUCUGACUGUUCGCCUUUCGAUCGUGUGCGUGGCGGAAUUGUCACCCCCUCCACUCUCCGAGGCGGUCGAGGAGACGGUCGACGAGUACUUUUGAAAGGUUCAUCGGAGUAAAAAAGGACCUGGAGAAUGCUUCACCGAUACUGAGUCUGUGUACCAAACUCAAUCCACUGAACGAAUCGAGAGUCGAC